AUGCCCUUAUAUUGCUGAAGGUUUCUUAGACAUUGUGUGGCUAUAUAUAGCAGGGACUUCGCCAUUAAAAAACCAUACACUUCUUCUCCCCUUUACAACUAAAGAGAACCAUGAAGAGCUUCUCUAUUUUCUUUGUUCUUCUCCCUCUUCUCUUGUUUGCUAUUACUGUGGACGCGAGGAAAGAACUACUAAAAGAUCAACAUCUCAACGAUGAUAAAACUUCUAUUGAGGAAAAUGGGCCAAAAUCUAUUUUAAACCAUCUCAACGAUGAGAAGUUCGAUCCCAAACGUCCCGAGUUGUUUGGUUAUCAUUACGACGACGAUGAUAAAAAAGACAAGGCAUCAUCAUUUGAGAAGUUCGAUUCCAAACGUCCUGAGUUUUUUGGUUAUCAUUACGACGACAAUGAUAAAAAAGACAAGUCAACGUCAUUUGAGAAGUUCGAUCCUAAACGUCCUGAGUUCCUUCACUAUGGUUACAACGACGAUGAUAAACAAGACAAGUCAACAUCAUUUGAGAAGUUCGAUCCUAAACGUCCUGAGUUCCUUCACUAUAGUUACAACGACGAUGAUAAAAAAGAUAAGUCAACGUCAUUUGAGAAGUUCGAUCCUAAACGUCCUGAGUUCCUUCACUAUGGUUACAACGAUGAUGAUAACACUGACAAAUUAUCAUCUGUUCAAAAUUUUGAGCGUUGGGUUCCUCUUCCAUCAUUUCAUUAUACUUACAGCGACGAUGAUAACACAGAGAAAUCAUCGUCAUUUGAGAAAUUUGAUCCCAAACAUAAGAACUUGCUUCACUAUCACUACAACGACAACAAAGAAAAAUCAUCACCGCUCGAGCAUAAUAAGCCGUCGUCUCUUAUUGAAGAGAUCCCAGGCGGCAACAAUGAUCAUAAGGAGACCAUGUAAAUUAGGCAUCCAGAGGAGCAUAUGGGUUUUAAUGAAAUUGUAUAAUGUUUUAUGUAUUUAAACGUUAUGUCCUCUAUGUAUGGGAGUGCUUACUUAUUAAAGAAAAAUAAAAAUGGCGUCGCCAUAUAUGAUAAUUGAAUAAAAGUAACACUUCAUUUCCUUCCUCUUUUCUCAA